UGUGUCAAGAGAAUGAGCGGAGACUUGUCUAUGUAGGUGACUGAAGCUAAUGUGUUUAACAACAGAGGUCAGCAAGAACGAGAUCGUUCGAUGUAACAAGUUUUUAUAUCUGAAUCCCACACCACAAUAGCAGGAUUUGUUUUGAAUAAAACCAAGAAUAAAACAAAGGUUUAUCAAGGGAACUUCUGUCAAGAGGGGAAGGAAAUUAAGCCGGACAAGUCAGAAGAGGAUAUUCUUUUUCGGGAAAUAGUAAUAUGAAAAAGGCGCAGGCCGAGAUAUUAGGUUUUGUCCCUCAGAAAGAGAUCGUCUACAACAAACUUCUCCCGUACGCAGAAAAACUAGAUCGCGAAUCCAAUGACAUUUUGGCCCAGAUUAAAGGGAACUUGGGUCGGGCUGUCCAGCUCCGAGAGUUAUGGCCUGGGGUUUUAUUCUGGACCAGGAAACUCUCCACGUACCUGCGUCUGUACGGGAGAAAGUUCAGCAAGGAGGACCAUGUGCUCUUUAUCAAGCUUCUGUACGAGCUGGUAACCAUCCCCAAGCUGGAGAUCAGCAUGAUGCAGAGCUUUGCACGACUCCUCGUCAAUUUACUGAAGAAGAAAGAACUGCUUUCCCGGGAUGAUUUGGAGUUGCCUUGGAGGCCUUUGUACGAUCUCUAUGAGAGUAUCCUGUACUCCAAAACUGAGCAUCUGGGUCUUAACUGGUUCCCCAAUUAUCGAGCUGAAGCCUCAACAAAACAAAAAAUGCUUAAUUUUGUGCGCAAGCGCUCCGUGGAGAACGUGUUGAAGAUGCUAGUCAAGAGCUGCAGACUAUAUUUCCCUGAGUCUGCCACGCAGGAGAUGCUUGAUGAGUGGCGGCCGUUACUGUGCCCAUUUGAUGUUACUAUGCAGAAGGCAGUCGGCUACUUUGAGCUGUUUCUGCCCACCAUCAUGCCCCCAGAACAGCACCACAAAGGCUUCAAGUUAUGGUUUGAUGAACUGAUGGAUCUCUGGGUCUCAGUGCAAAACUUGCCUGCUUGGGAGGGUAAUCUAGUGAAUCUUUUUGCACGUCUGGCUAAUGACAACAUUGGCUAUGUGAACUGGGAUCCAUUCAUUCCCAAGAUAUUCACCAGGAUCCUGCGUAGCUUCAAUCUUCCUGUUGGCACCAGCCAAAUGAUAGUUCCCAGGUACUUGACCAACGCUUAUGAUAUUGGUCAUGUGGUCCUCUGGAUUUCUUCCAUGCUUGGCGGCCCACAGAAUCCGGCCCAGAAACAGCUGGAUGGGCUCUUCAGCAGCAUAGCGUCCUUCUACCAUCCCUCCAACAAUGGACGCUGGCUGAUGAAGCUGAUGAAACUGCUGCAGCGACUCCCUGCCAGUGUGGUUCGACGGCUACAUCGGGAACGCUAUAAGAAACCCUGCUGGAUCACCCCUGUCCCUGCCAGCCACAAACUCACUGAUCAGGAUGUGACUGACUUUGUGGAAAGCAUGAAGCAGCCAGUGCUGAUGGCCAUGUUCAGCAAGACAGGCAGCAUGGAUGCAGCCCAGGCCCUGCAGAACCUCGCCCUGAUGAGGCCAGAGCUGGUCAUCCCACCUGUGCUGGAGAAGACGUAUCCUGCUAUGGAGACACUGACAGAGCCACACCAGCUCACAGCCACUCUCAGCUGCAUGAUUGGCAUGGCACGCAGUCUUCUCAGCAGUGGCAGACAUUAUCCAGAAGGGCCUGCGCACGUCCUGCCCCUGCUUAUGAGAGCACUGCCUGGUGUUGACCCCAAUGACUUCAGCAAAUGCAUGAUCACGUUCCAGUUCAUUGCUACUUUCACUACUCUAGUGCCUUUGGUGGACUGUUCAUCAGCCCUCCAUGAGAAAAAUGACUUGACAGAGAUGGAGAGAGAGUUGUGUUCAGCUUCUGCAGAGUUUGAGGACUUUGUUCUACAGUUUAUGGACAGGUGUUUUGCAUUGAUUGACAGCAGCACGCUGGAGCAGACACGCGAGGAGACGGAGACAGAGAAGAUGACUCAUUUAGAGAGCCUGGUGGAGCUGGGCCUUUCAUCCACCUUCAGUACCAUUCUGACACAGUGCUCCAUGGAGAUCUUCAAGGUGGCUCUCGAGAAAGUCUUUAACUUUGCCACCACCAACAUCUUUGAGACUCGAGUUGCAGGCAGAAUGGUAGCAGAUAUGUGCAGAGCAGCUGCUAAGUGUCACCCUGCAGAGUCUCUCAGACUGUUUGUACCACACUGCUGUAACGCCAUUACUCACCUUACUGCCAAUGAGGAUGUUUCGAAUGAGGAAGAGCUGGAUAAAGAACUGCUCUGGAACCUUCAGCUGCUGUCUGAGGUGACCCGUGUGGAUGGAGAAAAGCUCCUCCCAUACCGCACACAGCUUGUGCAGAUUCUACAGCUGACCCUGCGGCUGCACUGUAAGCAGGGCUACACUCUGGCCUGCAACCUGCUGCACCACAUCCUGCGCUCCACAGCUCUCACCUACCCCACGGACUACUGCAGUGUGCCUGGCGGCUUCCACAGGCUGCUGCAAGAGUACCUGCCCAUUAAGGACUGGGGUCGUCCGGGGGACCUGUGGAACCUAGAGAUCCAGUGGCAUGUGCCCAGCGCAGAGGAGACGGCUUUCGUGUUCUACAUCCUAGACCUGUUGCUGCAGCCAGAGCUCCAGCGCCUGCAGAGAUAUGCACACGGAGAGCAAGACAUGAGCAGAGAUGAUGUUCUUCAGAGUCUGUGUAUAGUCCAACACUGUUUGCUGGGAGCUGGCAGCAUGCUCCCCCCUCUUGACGGACCCACAGUCACUGGCCUUGUACCCAGCAUGGUUAGCCUGGAGGAAACAAAGCUGUACAUUGGGGUUGACUAUGAUGGGUCCAGAGAGAACUACCGUGAGGCCAUCUGCAAAGUGAUGAGACAGCUGCUUCAUUACAUUCUGGAAUGGUCAGAGGAUGACACCAAAUCCCUCUUCUCCAUUAUCAAGAUCAUCAGCGACUUGAUGCACUUCAAAGGAUCCCACAAACACGAGUUUGACUCCCGUUGGAAGAGUUUCAUGCUAGUGAAGAAGUCAAUGGAGAACAGACUUCAUGGGAAGAAAAAGCACAUCCGAGCACUUCUGAUUGACAGAGUUCUACUUCAGCAUGAGAUGCGCAAGUUGUUGGUAGAAGGUUGUGAAUACAAGACUGUUCAUCAGGACCUGCUGAGGGACCUUUUGCGUCUCUCCACCAGCACCUACAGCCAGGUCCGCAGCAAGGCCCAAAAUGUGUUGUUCACAGCACUGGGGACGUAUAACUUCUGCUGCAGAGAUAUUACUCCACGUGUCCUGGAGCUUUUGGAGCCUACACGGACUGAUGUCACCCAGCAACAGUUCAAGGGGGCACUGUACUGCUUGCUUGGGAACCAUUGUGGAGUAUGCCUUGCUAACCUACAUGACUGGGACUGUAUCGCUCAGACGUGGCCGGCCAUAGUGCGCUCUGGCCUCAGCUCAGCUAUGUCCUUGGAGAAACCAUCCAUUGUCAGACUCUUCGAUGACCUCGCAGACAAAGUCCAUCGGCAAUACGAGACCAUCGGCAUUGAUUUCACUGUACCUGAGAGCGCUGCAUUACUGGGCCGGAGCAUCACAGAAUCAGGCCAACCCACUCCACACAUGGGCACCCCCACAGAUCAGGAGCUGGAGCAGGGACUGGCACUUCAGAAAGACAAAAACCAUCAGGCAGAGCAGAAAUACGAAAAGCUUGUGAGAGAUCUGUUGGAAUGUCUUGAUGACAGGGACUUGCCUUGGAAGUUUGAGCACAUUGCUAUUGGUUUCCUGUCUCUUUUGCUAAGAGAUGACUAUCCUCUCCCUGCCUCUGCCAUGCUCUUCUUUGUACAGAGCCUCAACCAUGAUGCACUUGUCGUUCGCAAGAUGGCGAUUGCAGCUGUGGCAGGCAUACUGAAACAGCUGAAGAGGCCGCGCAAGAAAGUACCCAUUAUUCCCUGUAAUAUAAGUGGGGUAACUGAGCCCGAGGGACUGGUGGCAGGAGACAGGCCAGGGAACGACUGGCUGCAGUACCACAGUGACAGCCUGCCCCGCACCCAGCAGGACUGGGACAGUUACUGCUUUGUAGAAAAGACACACUGGGGCUACUACUGCUGGCCGAAAAAAUUGAUAGUGUAUGCCCCAAAAGAGGAGCAGCCAAAGGAUCUCGCCCCUGAGAACAUGAGUGAGAGGGAGCAAAUCAUCUAUGACCAUUUCACAGACCCCAUGUUCAUCAACCAGCUCAUCAAGUUCUUGUCUCUUGAGGACCGGAAGGGCAAAGACAAGUUCAAUCCUCGUCGCUUCUGUCUCUUCAAGGGACUUUUCCGGAACUACAGCGAUGCCUUCCUGUCUGUGCUGAAGCCACAUAUGGAGCGUCUAGCAGAUGACUCUCAUGAGAGCACGCAGCGCUGUGUGGCUGAGAUCAUUGCAGGUCUGGUUAGAGGCAGCAAACACUGGAGCUUCGGAAAGGUGGAGGCACUGUGGCAGUUCUUGAUUCCUUUGAUGCGAACAGCAUUGUCUAACAUCACUGUUGAAACCUAUGCUGACUGGGGAACCUGUGUUGCAACUGCCUGUGAAAGUAGAGACCCACGAAAGCUCCACUGGCUGCUUGAGAUGCUGAUGGAAUGUCCUCUCAGUGGGGAAGGAGGAUCUUUUGUAGAUGCCUGUCACCUGUAUGUGCUGCAGGGUGGUCUGGCACAGCAGGAAUGGAGGGUCCCAGAGCUGCUGCAUAGACUGCUGAGUUACCUGGAGCCAAAACUCACUCAGGUUUAUAAGAAUGUGAGAGAGCGCAUUGGCAGCGUGCUGACGUACAUUUUCAUGAUUGACGUCACCCUGCCACACACUCUGCCUACGAAGUCCCCCCACAUUGCAGAGUUUACAGAGAGGAUCCUGUCUCAACUGAAGCCCCUGAUUGAGGGAGAUGAGGAGAUCCAGAACCACGUGGUGGAGGAGAAUGGAGUGGGAGAGCAGGACGAGAGGACCCAGGCCAUCAAACUUCUCAAAACAGUUCUGAAGUGGCAGAUGGCCAGUGCGGGGCGCUCCUUCUCCACUCCAGUACCCCAGCAACUACAGCUGCUGCCCCUGCUCUUUAAGAUUGCUCCUGUAGAAAACGACGACAGCUAUGAUGAGCUAAAGAGAGACGCAAAGACUUGUCUGUCCCUCAUGUCUCAGGGGCUUCUCUAUCCUGAGCAGAUCCCUGUAGUACUGAGUGUGCUACAUGAGAGUGCUGGCAGCGGCUCCUGGCAUGCAAGAUACUCCGUGCUGACAUAUCUACAGAUAAUGGUGUUUUAUAACCUGUUCACCAUACUGAGCACCAGUCAGGCUGUUCAGGACGUUAGAGCACUGGUCAUUAGGCUACUAGAGGACGAGCAGCUGGAGGUAAGGGAGAUGGCCGCAACCACUCUCAGUGGCUUCCUGCAGUGCAACUUCUUGAGCAUGGAUGCUUCCAUGCAGACUCACUUUGAGGCUCUUUGCAAAACCAGACUGCCCAAAAAGAGGAAAAGAGAAUUGGGCUCUGUGGUGGACACCAUUCCUUCAGUUGAUCUUGUACGGCGUCAUGCAGGAGUGCUUGGACUCAGUGCUUGCAUCUUAUCCAGUCCGUAUGAUGUCCCUACCUGGAUGCCUCAGCUCCUUAUGGAUCUUAGUGCACACCUCAAUGACACACAGCCUAUCGAGAUGACAGUGAAAAAGACUCUGUCUAAUUUCCGCCGUACUCAUCACGACAACUGGCUGGAACACAAGCAGCAGUUCACGGAUGACCAGCUCGUGGUGCUCACAGACCUUCUUGUGUCACCCUGCUACUAUGCAUAGACAGGUUGUGACAAUGUUGCUACAGGUUUUAGUUAAUUAUUUUUUUACAUUUUGUAUUCAAACAAAUAAAAUAUAUAUUGCGCAUUCAUGAGGAUCUAAUGGGAGGACGAGAGAUGCUCUGUUCAGCUCUGGCAACAGCAUCUAUAGC